AUGACUACGGCGGUGAAGAUGGCCCAGCCCUUGAAAAAGGAGCUUAAAAAGACAUUCCAAGCCUAUUUGCCUGAGGGAGCCCGUACUUACAAUUGUGCCCAUUGUAGGGCCAACCUCGCUGACCACAACGAACUCAUUUCCAAGGUGUGUUCUUCAAAAGUAAACAAUUUUAAACCUUCAAAGAGCUGUUUUUUGUAGGAAAAGUUUUUGAAAAACAAUAGAAAACACCUAAAACAAGAUAAUUUCAUUUGGAAAUGUGUUUUCCGAACUUUAAACUCAGAAAUAGUGUUUUACUGCUGUUUAUGUUUACUUUCCCGUAGAAGUUGAUGUACUCAAGUCUCAUUUCAGUCGUUCCAAGGAAGUCAAGGCAAGGCGUAUCUGUUCAAUUCCGUGUAAGUACUGUUGGUGUUGUUGACAUCGACUUUUAAUCUGUUUGUAGAUUAUUUCCCAACUUUUGCAACUAAAAAUAAGAGACAAAUUACAUUAUAUAGUUCAUUUCGAGAGCACCCAUCGUUAAAGAUGCACUUUAGACACGGGAUCUAAAAUAAUAUAUUAGAUUAAUUACUCCAUUAUCGUUAAAACAAUAGUUAUUUUAGGGUAAUUAAGUUUUAGCAUCUUUAAAUGAAUUUUUAGUGUUUUAGCUGACUUUUUGGCAUAACCUUAUCAUUUUCUAAACGGAGUUAUAUUGUACUUAAGUGUUUAUAUUUCAGUGUUAACAUUGGUUGUGGGCCAGCUGAAGAACGGGUUUUGUUGACCGGACUUCACGAAGUUGCUGACAUCUUCUGCGAAUGCUGCAAAACUACCUUGGGCUGGAAAUAUGUAAGUUUAAAUUUUACUUUUUAUUAGUUACAACACUCCUCUUCGCCAUCAAAUGACAAUUUCGCCAUCAAAUGACAAUUUAGAUCAUUAAGACAACUAAGGGAUCAAUAGCUAUUAAAACGCUCAUCACUGUACUGUCAUUUAUCUUUAAAAAUUUAUUUUAUAUUAUAUUGAUUUAUGUUAUAUUAUGACUGUACGAGUGAAUUUUUGAAAAUAAAUAAAUUAUGGUUUACACAUUAAUCCUAAAAUUUUUUUAAAAAUUGAAAAAACUGAUUGCUCAGCCGCUUCAAUUGUGUCACACGAUUAAUAUUACCCUUCAGGAGCACGCAUACGAGGCCAGCCAAAAGUACAAGGAAGGAAAGUUCAUAAUCGAACUCAUCCACAUGAUCAAGGACAAUGGCUGGGACUCGAACGAGCGACGUCGCAACAACAGCAUUCACUAA